UAGAGAAUCCGGGAGAAUUUCACAGUCGCACCAAAUAAACAUGGCCGCUGCCCCGCCAGCAGACGUGAGUGUGAGAAACACAGAUGGAGAAAAUAACUCCAUAAUGGAAACCGAGGCCACAGAAAAUGGAGCUGAGCCUGAAAAGAAAGACUCGACUAAAGCCGAAUCAGAAACAGAGGACCCGUUUAAGAAACCGGCUCUUUUCGCGGUGCCUUCCCUCCUCAUUAAACGCAGUAACGUCGCUGCUCCGUCCAAACCAACAGAAGCUGAAACCAGAAGCCCGACAGAAGAGAAGAGAGCUCAGGCUGAAGCCCCAGCCAGUGAGAGCUCUGCUGGCGAAAACAAAACUUCGGAAAAAGGGCAAGAAGAGGAUAUAAAGGGCGAAAAGGAGAAGGUUCGUCCUGUCAAAGCCAAACCAGAGGCUAAACCGAGGGUGCUUCCUGCCAAAGGGCCCCCGGCGGGUAAAUUCCCCCCUCUGCCGUACACGGAGCCGUACUGGGGAGGCUCUGCUUCAGACGUCCCGUAUGCUCUGGAAAUCCUCAAAAACGGCGCCAUAGUGGACACGGUGCCCCUCACUCACAGGAGCUACUUCGUGGUCGGACGUCUACCUGUGUGCGACGUCUCCCUGGAUCACCCGUCCAUCUCCAGGUACCACGCAGUGAUCCAGUACCGCGGACAGGCCGGGGAGUGCGUGGGAGAGGAGAGGGGCUUUUACAUCCACGACCUGGGCAGCACCCACGGCACCGUGGUGAACAAGAACAGGAUCCCCCCCAAGACCUACAUCAGACUGCGGGUUGGACAUGUGUUAAAGUUUGGUGGGAGCACAAGGCUUUUUAUCCUGCAGGGUCCAGAGUUUGACGAGGAAGAGGAGUCUGAACUGACAGUAACGGAGCUGAGGGAGCGUGCCCGCAAACAGAAAGCAGAGCUGGAGAAGAGGAUGAUGGGAGAUGGCUCCGAUGACGAGGACGAGUUGCAGGAGGAGGAGGGCGGUGAAGGCGAAAACAACAAGAGCCAGAGCAAAGUGUCAAAGGAAGACUCAGGCUGUUCAUGGGGAAUGGCUGAGGAGGCGGCUCCGGAGGAAGACGAGAACGAGGAAAACCCUUUCUCAACCGAGUUCCACGAAGAUCAGGAAGCAGCUUACCUGAAGGACCCCAAGAAGGCUUUGCAGGGCUUCUAUGACCGAGAAGGGGAGGAGCUGGAGUUUGAGUAUGAAGACAAAAGCCAUGGCUCCUGGCUUUGCAGAAUAAAACUGCCGGUGGAUGAUGCCAUGGGCCGUCAGCUGGUAGCGGAGGUGACCCACACCGGGAAGAAGAAAGAGGCAGCCAUCCAGUGCUGCCUGGAGGCUUGUCGAAUGCUGGAGGCCAGAGGGCUGCUGCGCCAGGAAGCAGUGUCCCGUAAGCGCAAGAAGAAGAACUGGGAAGAUGAGGACUACUACGACAGCGAUGAUGACACCUUCCUGGAUCGAACCGGCACCGUGGAGAGGAAGAGGCAGGAGAGAAUGAAAAAGGCGGGAAAGAUUGAGGAGCGUCCCGAGACCUAUGAAUCGCUGGUGGCCAAACUGUCAGAGGUGGAGAAGGAGCUGGCAGAGACUCAGAAAAAGCUCAGUGCUGCUAAAGGAGACUCUUCGGCCUCUUCAACUGAGGACUCUCUGGACGCCUUCAUGACCGCAGUGAAAAGCGAGGCAGCGAUGGACGCCGUGGAGCGCAGGAAGCUUCAUGUGCACGUGGCAGACUUACGCAAAGAUGCUCAGAGGCUCCGCAAGCUAGUUGAACUCACACGGCCAGCACAGAUGCCCUCGCUGCUGCCCAGCAGCUCAGAGUCAGAGAAGCCGAAAAAGUCCUUGCCGCUGUUUGGAGCCAUGAAGGGAGGGAAAAAAUUCAAACUGAAGACUGGAACCAUUGGGAAGUUGCCUCCUAAGCGGCCCAACCUUCCCGCAGAGCUCUUCAACAUGAAACAACUUCCACCUGGUGGGGAAGAGGAGGAAGAGGAGGAAGAGGAGGCAGCAGAGAAACCUGAGGAUAAUAAUGAUGAACAGAGUAUGACUGAAGAGGAAUCCGGUGCGUCCACACCUAAAGAUCCCUCGGGGCAUCGAAAGGAUCAGCCAGAAGAGUCCUGUGAGCUCAAAGAUCAAAGCCCUGAACAAAGGAGUGAGGAGUCUAUUGAAGCAGCAAAGCAGGUUCCUCAGCACAGCAGCAAGAAGGCCACAGCAGCCCCGAUGCCAGAGUCCAAAGCAGAUGCUGAAAGAGAGCCAGCGGCUGACCCCAGCCCCAAGAAGAAGAAGAGAGUGAUAGGUCCCAGCAGGCCACCAGUGCAGCUGUCGGGACAGUAUCCAGACGACGACCCAGAUUACUCUGUGUGGAUGCCUCCUGCAGGUCAGACUGGAGAUGGACGCACACACCUCAACGACAAGUACGGUUACUGAGGAUCAACAGAAGAGAGUUCUUGUGUCUCCACUCCAGCAGCUUUUAUACUGCAGAUAAUAACUGUAGCACAAAGCCUCCAGUCUCCUCAGCUCUGACCAUUAACCCUCUCCACUCAUCCCAGUCCCUGUGAGGUUCAACUCACAGGGACUGGGAAGAAGUACUGAAACGGGUUCUUCUUGUCGCCGUGUUCUGCCCGAUAAGGGAGUCUUUGAAAGCCUGCCGGCGGUAGAGCUUCUCCUCCAGUGCCGCAAGUGAUGAGUCGGUAGAUGACGACGUUUUCGGUCUGUCCGAUGCGGUACACCCAGCCCUGCCUGUCUGUCGCCGGGCUCCUGCUGGGAUCGUAGAUGACCGCCCGGUUAGCUGCCAUCAAAGUCACGCUGACUCCACCAACCUGCGUGGACAGGAGCCUGCAGCAGAAGAGGGACGAGCUCAGGCAAUAAUGCGACACCUUUUUUAUUUAUCUCGAGGAUAUUUUCAGACUGUGAUAAACAAAAAGCACACCGUUUCAGUUCACAUUAAACUGGCAGAGCAGACACUGGGCAGUCGGCCUGCUGGCACUGCUCACCCCUGACAAUAAUGGAGACGGGUAGCACUUGAAUUUUGUCCUUUUAUUCGAAUUCUGCAUCAUCCAGGCAGAAAAUAGGAAGAGACGGAGCAGGAGCGGCAACUGAUCCGAAUUCAGCUUUCUAGUCUUUGGCUGCUCCUCUUGCAGUUAAAUCCACCUGACAUCCAAUCUGUAUCCCUCCCCUAUUUGGCUUCAGUCGAUCGCUGGCAUAACCUUUCCCCCCCCCCCAAAAGAGAGUGUGUAGCAGGGAGGGAGAAAGAGGGAGAGCAUUGAAGCAGCUUUUCUGACCAUCUGGACACUUGGAUGGCUUACUGGAUGAAACGCAAGCUGAUAAUGACUCAAGCUAAGUGGAGUGUGUGUCUCCGUCUACACACACUCACACACACAGUCCAACCUUCUCAAAGUUCUCUUUUUAACAAGAUUGUCUUUAUGAGGGAGUCGACUAUUGGUGUGUGUUUGCCCGGAGCAGGAUUCCUCGCUCUGAAAUCCCACUCAGUGCUGUUCUCUUGGUUUGCUGCCAUGCUUUCCACCCUCUUUCCUGUUGUCUUUUAUCAGAACACAAAGAAAUGUAAACUGUAUUUUUGUUAUAUAAAUGUGUAAUAAAAUUAUCUGUACAUAA